UUGGGCGGCUCAACUUUUAUUUUUUAUCAUUGUUGACGCUGCUUUUACGAAUAUUACAAAUGCAUAGUACCUACACGGAUUAGCAUAGAAAAGGACAGCAUUCAUAAAAAAAAAAAAAGGGAAAAAGAAAAGAGGAGGCGGGGCAGAUAAGGAGUUGGAGUUCUUCGACGACUCCAACUGACAGAGAAGCCUAAAUACACUUAAAAAAAAAAUAAUAAAAGAGCCUGCUCUGCCGCUGCUGCUGUGUGUGUAAUUGUGGUAUUGUGUGUGUGUGUGUGAGUAGGGUAACGAAACGAGAAAGAGAGAAAACCAUAGACUAGAAUAUCAGAAAACCACUCUCUGGGAGAGACACCGACAGUACGACGUCCUUUUGAGAGAGUAUUAUAGGUACAUCCUUUGCAUUGUUGCAAAAAUAGAUUUAUUACAGAGAAGGGAAAAAAGUUAAGUAAGUAAUUUGCAGUAGCCAGGCUCGUCGCACACAUCAGCCUACAAUUUCUUCCAUCCUAUUUGUAUCAGGGAAUAAAAAACAAAGAUAUGGCUGCAUUACCACGUAGGAUUAUUAAAGAAACACAAAGGCUCAUGCAAGAACCAGUUCCAGGAAUCAGUGCUGUGCCCGAUGAUACCAAUGCCAGGUACUUUCACGUGAUUGUAACAGGUCCUGAAGAUUCCCCUUUUGAAGGAGGUCUCUUCAAACUUGAACUGUUUUUACCCGAGGAUUAUCCAAUGUCCGCACCAAAAGUUAGAUUUAUUACAAAAAUUUAUCAUCCAAAUAUUGACAGACUGGGUAGAAUUUGUUUAGAUAUUCUAAAAGAUAAAUGGAGUCCAGCAUUGCAGAUAAGAACCGUUUUAUUGUCGAUACAGGCACUACUAAGUGCUCCAAAUCCAGAUGAUCCUUUAGCAAAUGACGUUGCGGAGCUUUGGAAAAUUAACGAAAGCGAGGCGAUUCGUAAUGCCAAAGAAUGGACGCGUAGAUAUGCCAUGGAAAAUUGAUCUCAACGCAAGCAUUGUUAUAUUGGCGGCGAGCAUGCCGAUAUUGAGGAACGACUAUGAUGAGUACGGCAGAUUGGGGGAAAAAAGCGUCUUUCUUCUCUCAGACUCGGCAUCUUUCAUUGAAAAGCCUUCUUACUUAUCGACAUAUUUUUUUUUCUCGGUAUUUCGUUUGGUUGCUACAAUGGGAAAUCGAAAAGUAUAGAUAGAGACAUUCACGUGUAUGCUGGAUAAUUUUCCGUUUCCCUUUGCAUGUUGUUUUUUACUCUGAAGAAAGUGAAGGUAUGAAAUAUUAAUUUUUUGCAAACAACUUUGAUACAAGUACAUAAAGUUAUGCAUUCACACCUAGCAUUUGUUGAGUAUUAUUGUCGCCUUUUUUUACUUCUAUUUUAGAAUUAUUGCUAUUAUAAUUCUCACUUUAUUGUUCAACACAUAUCCAACUUUGAAAUAUAAACUGUUAAAAAAUUUGUCACUAUUGCAUUCAAGUUAUCCCUAAAUAAUAUGUUCUAGUGAUGAUUGAACUAUGAUAAAAAUAAAUAUAAAGAAUGCUUUUCCAAAAACUUGCUGAAGAAAGACACAAAAUAACGUAAACGAAAAACAUAAGAACUUGAAAUGUUCUUAUGCUGCGUAUAACUGGCAGAUUACUUUUUGCAUUAUUACUUGGUGGUAAAACUUCUAAAUCUGCAAUAAAAUAUUUUCAGAUUAAAUUUUAAUCGAUUCCUUGUAUUUAUGAUAAUUUGAUUUAUGAUUGUUUUCUCGGCAAACGAUAUUAAUACUAUCUCAGUAGGAAUUUUUCUGCCAGUCGUCCAUUAAAAAAAACCAAUAUCUUAAAUAUAGAAAUAAGUUGAAAAGAGGAUGAACUGAUAUCCUAGUUUUAAUUUUGAGUAAAGCAGUAAGGUAUUUCUUUUUUUGUAGAUAAGACUAAGAUUGCUCGUUUAUUAUAUAACGAAUUAAUUAAGUGAGGAAGAUGAUUGUUUGAGG